CAAAAAUAUUUUGUGCUUCUCUUUUUAGUGGUUAUAAGUCCAAUUAUUCAAUCUUAUGAAGAAUGCAAUUUUCCUUUGCUCGAAAAUGCUCAUUUGUCAGCAACCACAUCUUUAUCUGAACGUGGACCAAACAAUGCUAGACUCAAUGGUGGAUGCUAGGAACUUGCCAAGUUUACCUGAGUGAUCAACGUACAAAGCAGAUUGCAUUUUAAGAAUCAAUAACUUACACAGCGCAAAAGAAUUAUUUAAAUAAUAAAAAUGAUUAGUGUUAGGUGGGCCUUUAAUUGGGCAAAUUGGCACCCAACGGAAAAAGAAUUUACGCGGAUAAUGUCAUAUGUUCAAGUUGAUGAAAAAGAAAGAUUAGGGAAAUUUGUAUUCAGAAAAGAUGUUAGAGCAUCUCUUAUUGGUAGAUUAAUGAUACGAAAAUUUGUCAGUGAAUAUGCUUGCGUUCCAUAUAAUGAAAUUUUUCUCAGGAGAGACAAACAUAACAAACCUAUUUAUGAAAAUACAAAUAAAUUAAUAUCAUUUAAUGUUUCUCAUCAGGGAAAUUUUACUGUACUUGCAGGAGAAACUAGAAAUGUAAAAUUAGGUAUUGAUGUUAUGAAACUUGAAUACACUGGUGGUAAGCGAUUAUCAGAAUUCUUUCGAUUGAUGGAUAAAAAUUUUUCACCACUAGAAUGGAAUGAAAUUAAAGGAGGAGAUGCAUGUACUUCAGAGUUAGGGCAAAUUUCAAUGUUCUGUAGACAUUGGGCGUUGAAGGAAAGUUAUGUUAAAGCACUAGGUGUGGGUAUCGUGAUUGAUCUAGAAAAAAUCGAAUUUAGAACUUGCAGUAAAUUAAAUGAAAACUGUGUAGUCAGCGAUACAAGUUUAUAUAUUAAUAAUGUUAAACAAAAUUGGAUUUUCGAGGAAUCUUUAUUAAAUUCUGAUCAUUGUGUUGCUGUAGCAAUUCAGAACACUAAUGUAGUUGAAAAUCUAACAGAUUUAUUAUUUGAAGAACUUAAUAUUGAAAAAUUGAUAGAAAAUGCUAUUCCUCUUAUAGAAGAAGAUCAGAAAUAUUGUUCACAAUACUUUGCUAAAAAAGAAAGACCAUGAAAAUAAAUUAUAUUUUUUGUAUAUUGUUUGUACUGAAAUAAAACUGGAAAUAAAAUUACAACUAUCUGUUGACACGUCAA